AUGGAUCAAUCAAUUCAUAGCAGUAACGCAGUUCCGACAAACCCGUGCCUGCUCCUCACUCUGAAGCAAGCUCUGAAGCACACAGUGCUGUCCAUCCCACCUUCCGCACUCGCAAAACCCCACCCCACCUUCCCCAUUCAAGAGCUCAAGACCCAGUCCAAGCCGCCUUCCCGACGAGCUUUCGCGACAGGCCAUCUCCAUGACGCAAACGAUACUAUCUCGCAACUCUAUUCCCCAGCCGUCGAGCCUUGCCGCUUACAAGCGUCGCCCAUCGAGGCCAUGGAGAAGUCGCUCGGCAUCCCCGUCCCCGAGAUGAUUUUCGGCGACAACGUCGUCGGCCUGCACCACAAGCCCAGCGGGUGGUCCUUUUCCUUCAACGCCUACAAUGCGCUCGACGCCGUCGGCAAGACGGCCGAGAACAUGCUGCAGGUGGCGUACGCCCGCGACUGGGCGUCCUCGCGCGAGAACUCGAGCGGCGACAUCAACAAGAUUGUCAACCCGUACGACUGGAGCUACUCCACCGACUACGCGGGUACCCUGGAACAAGGCUCCAAGGCGUUUGCCACGACGGACAAGGCGAUACCCCUGGAACUCCUCAAGAGAAGGGACCCCAUACUGUUCUUCGACGAGGUGGUUCUGUACGAAUCCGAGCUGGACGACAACGGCGUCUCCUCUACAGCGUCAAGGGUGGACAACGUCAUCAUUAGGGUGCGGGAUACUAGGGUCUACGUAGAUUUCGAGACGGACGAGGUUAUCAAGGAGUACUGCGCGCGCGAAGACAGCUUCGCCAACGUGAAAAAGGCCCUGCUCAUGUCCGGGAGGUUACCCGACGACAUCACCAUUUCCUGCGAGACCCCAAUGUGCUCGCACCUCUAA